AUGGCCGCACCCUUGUACACGACCGACAGUGGUCGACUCUACCAUGCAGGCCAGAUCCUGCUCGCAUUCGUAGGACUGCCAGGUAGGUCACCUUGGCCAGCUCGCCGCCCCCACUCUUGUCCUCUUGUCGCAAGUGGGGGAGUGAUGACCGAUAAGGCUUCCCUCGUCCUUUCUUCUUGGCUGACCGACGCGCUCCUGUCUUGUCUUCUUGGCCUUGUUCUUCUAGCUCGGGGAAAGACGUCAGUUUCAUACUUCAGACGCUCACGUCGUCGUCGCAUGCGCUGACGCCCUCCCCCGAAACAUCCCAUCCGUCUCACCAGACACGUCUCGCGAUCCGUCGAACGCUACCUACGCUGGCUCGGAGUAAAGAUUGAAGGUGCGCACCCGUAUCACACUAUCAACAUCAUGUCAGUCCGACUGACUGCCGCGCUCCCCACAGUCUUCUCCCUCGGCGACCACCGAAGACGAGUGCUCGGACCGUCGGCCAAACUGCCCAAAGACUAUUUCUACACCGAAGGGCGCUGUGCAGAAACGGAACAACUGCGUUCACUCGUCAAGGACAGCCUAGAAACAGAGAUCAUCUCCUUCUUCAACCAACGCAAUGGCCAGGUCGCCAUCUACGAUGCGAACGUGAGUGCUCGGCGCCGUGCAGUGGAAAGAUCGAUGUUUCGCCAACUCGAUGGUUUCCCGUGGCUUUGCUCCGAGCCUCACAGAACAGCAAGCGAUCGAUGAGGAUAGGCAUCAGACAAAGGUUUGAAAAGAUCGGCGUCAGCGUCAUCUUUAUCGGUGAGCACGGGUCACCUGGCAGCCUCAAAAGUCCGCGAACAGCCGCUGUAGCGCACACCUCGGCUGACUUGGGCCACUGCACACCAACUCGCAGAAAACAUCUGCGAUAGAGCCGAUAUAGUAGAGUCCAAUAUUCGAUCAGUCAAGAUCAGCUCCCCUGACGUGCGUCUUCUCUUGCUCAUGUCUCAAACUCUGCCUGAUCCGAUGCUUCUUGUCCUCAGUACGCCGGCUGGGAUCAAGAGAAAGCCGUCGCCGAUUAUCUGUCCCGUAUUGCCCAGCAUGAACGUCACUACGAGACCCUCCGACCCGAGAUUGGCGCCUACGUCAAGAUCUACAACGUCGGCGAACGGCUCGUCGUCAACAACGUGCGCGGCUACCUGCAAAGUCGAAUCGUCUUUUACCUGAUGAACGUGCAUCACAAGAAGAGGACCAUCUGGUUUGCUAGGGUAAGACACUGUGUUCAAUUCGAGUCGAGGUACUAGCUGCUGACGUCGCAUCCUCAACUCGCUUUGCGCAGUCGGGUCAAUCCCUUAUCGAGCACUCUUACAAAGCCGACGCCGAUCUCUCCCCGCAAGGUAUCGAAUACGCCGAGAAUCUACGCGACUUUAUCGUCUCGAAGCGUGCCGAACUAUUGCAAGAACGCGUCAAAGCCGGUGAGCGCGCGACCGAACGUCGUCUCACGAUUUGGACCUCUGCGCGCAACCGCUGCCUUUCGACGUGUCGUCCUUUGCAAGAGAUAGGGUACAAGGUCAUCGAGAGGCAACAGAUGUACGAGUUGAACCCCGGCGUGAUUGACGGGAUGGAGCCGGACGAGAUACAGAAGAUGUUCCCCGAUGAGUUCAAGGCGCAUCAGGUCGCACCGUAUAGUCAUCGAUAUCCUAGGGCCGAGUCAUACCACGAUCUAAGCGUCAGGUGAGUGCAUUCUUCUCCACUUGGUGAGUGGGUGUUGACGAUGCUAAUGCUUUUCCUUUAUCGUGCCAGGUUGGAACCGGUGAUCCUCGAACUUGAGCGCGAGCCGGCCGACAUCCUCUUUAUCGGCCACGCCUCGGUCAUUCGUUGCGUCAUGGCUUAUCUCCAGGUACAUACGAGAGCUCAUUCGACUGACCAUUUAGCGUUAGGUGCUGAUGUCUCGGCGUUCCCUCGAUUCGUACAGGGCCUGACACCGCAAGAGAUCCCCAACGUCGAAUUGCGCCGAGGCGACGUCGUGCAGGUCUCGCCUAGUUCGUGUGAGUGGUCGCACAUACGGUUCAAACUUGCUUGGUUCGAGUUGCUGAUUUGA